AUGGGCAGCAUCGAUUCCACAUCACUCCAAGCCCGUCUACUAUGUCGCGAGAAUCGCUUAACAAACACAAGCGGAGUCGCGCCGGGUUAUCUACAAGCCGACUUGCUGAUAUUACCAGCGAAACAUGCUACUGAUUUCCAUAAUCUAUGUUCGAGAAAUCCAGUAGCUUGCCCAUUGUUAGGCAUGACCUCUGUACCGGGAGAUCCCCACAGAAUCAAACCCGCAAAUUGCAUCCAAUCACCAGAUUUCGAUGUUCGCACGGAUUUUCCAAAAUACAGAGUGUACAAAAGUGGUAAGCACUGUGAGAGUCGUCUGGAUAUAUCGGACUUGUGGACACAUGACCAUGUUGCCUUCUUGAUUGGUUGUUCAUUCUCAUUUGAAGAUGCAUUGGUUGCAGCCGGUCUCACUCCUCGACACCAAGAAACUGGAUCUACCCGGGUGUCUUCACCGGGGGGUCACUGUAUUGUAUCGAUGCGACCAUACAUUCCUGAACAAAUCGAAUCAGUUCGCGAAAUCACCCGCACGUAUCUUUCCACCCAUGGUGAACCUGUCGCCUGGGGUUGGGAAGGCGCGAAAGAACUUGGCAUCCUUGAUAUUGAUAAGCCAGAUUUUGGAGAGCCUCAGCAGUUCAAAGAGGGCGAGGUGCCCGUAUUUUGGGCAUGUGGCGUUUCACCCCAGAUAGCAGUUGAGGCUGCAGGAGACCGUCUCGAUGGCCUCGUCUUUGCACAUGAGCCAGGACAUAUGUUAGUCACAGAUUGGACAGCUGGAGAUUUGGAAAAGCUUCGGUCGGGUGGCAUUUGA